AUGGUCUUUUGCACAUACUGUGGACAGUCGUUCACCAGAGACGAGCAUCUCGAACGACAUAUCUUGACUCACACCAACGUCAAGCCUUUCAAAUGCUUCACAUGUCAUAUGAGCUUUGCUCGACGAGAUCUUUUGCAAAGACACUACACCGUACACGGCCGCAACCAGAACAACGAAGAGGGACUCCCCCCACAAGGCAUAAUACCAAAGUCCGCCGGCCGCACACCCAUCGCCUGCAGUAAUUGUGCCAAGACAAAGACCAAGUGUGACAAGAAGUUUCCGUGCACCAGGUGCGCUCAGAGGAAUUUGAAAUGCACAUUGCGUCCUACAAGGCGGGCAUCGAAAGGUGUCCAGCGGGUUGGCGGUCCUCCUGAGGCUGGGAGCGGGGACUCGAGCGAGAGUGGCAGCAACGCGGAUAACCACAAUACAUCCGGCAAUGUCUCUCCAAACCACGAUAGCCAACCGAAACAAGCGAUGUCGAAGUCCUCUCCUGCUCAGAUCAACCAGACUGCCCAUAUUCCGGACAGCCAACCACCGUCGCAAAGACAAUCGCAGUCGCCCUCGGCCCCUCAUUCACGAAACCCUUCCAUCUCACAACCGGUACAGCCACCGACACACAUAAAUCCCGAGGAGAAGUCGUUGCAUCUUCAUAUGCCGAUCUCCGAUACGCCGCCCUUUUUCGACCAGUCCCCUUCCAACGGACUUGCUCAAUCAUCGUCGCUUCUUUCGCCACUCCCCACCCCGGUGAACGGCAUGAAUGGAUUCGUCACCUCCACACCUAUGUCAGGAUAUGACGACUUCGUCAGAACGGUACGGGACCAAUCCGAUAAUGAGAGCCCUCAAUUCAUGAUGGACCCUUGGAACGGCAUGCCCAUGGAUACAACCUUUGAUCCCAUGCGGAUAGACCCCGCGUUGAUGAUGAGCAUGAGUAUGGACAUGAGCAUGGGACCACCUCAGGAUGGCAUCCUUGGCAUGAUACCAGAAAUGUCGCCUGCUCAAACAUUUGGACAGCCUGUCCAGACACCUCGCAUGGACGAGUCCUUUUCGGACCUGCAAAUUGGUAGUUCGGCUUCGAUGUUCUACCCCUCCAACAGGCACUCUUCGAUAGCAGAUGCCGGCAUACCUGAUCUUGGUGCCAUCAUCGCGGCUCAAGAUGGCUGGACUGUUUUCCGUUGCACUCCUUCUAUUGCUUCAAGCUCGUGUCCACGCACAGCGAGACUCAACCUCGAGCGGUUAGAGCUGAGCCUCAAGAAUCACGAGGGCUGGGCUAACUGGUCCCCAUCGUGGGAUGAAUCCGACUUUCAACAAGGCGGGCAAAUCGCGGUAUCGAAGUUGCAGGAAGCCACGCGAGACAAACUUCUCGCCAUCACCCAAAGUUUCCUCCACAAGGCUUUGGACAUCCACAAAGACGGAAGCAGCUCGUCCAGCAGUGGCGAGUCUCCAGGAUCCACGGCCUCUCACUCCAACUUCGUUCUUCUUCCACCUGCUCGCGUCCUGGAGUACUUUCUCAAGUCAUACGCCAACUCUUUCGAACGCUAUUAUCCCACCUCCGCCAGAGGUGUGCUCGAUACGAAUGAACUAAUGCAAAACUACAACGACAAAGCGUCGAGCUUGCUCAUUCUCAUGAUGAUCGCGCAGGGCGCCAUGACCAUUCCAUCCAUAGAGGCCAGGUGGCUAACUGGUGGCUUCACCGAAGCCUGCCGGAUAUCGCUCUUCGACCUUAUUGAGAAGAACAUCAUCAUGGCUGGUGAUCCUAUCGUUCUGCGUGCAGCCCUCCUCUUCACUGUCCAGGCGGCGUGGAGUGGCGACAAAUGGCAGAUGGACAUCGCUAUGGGCCAGCGUGGCAUGUAUUUCUCCAUGUUGCGACAUUCCGGUAUUCUCGAUGUGCGACCGCCGGCAACGCCUCAUAUCAACGGAAAUAUUUCGACGGAUGCGUUGUGGAAGGACUGGCUUCAGCAAGAAAGCCGCAGUCGCCUCAUCUACUCCUGGGUCAUGGUAGACCAAGACUUAUCGCUCUUCCACGAUACCGCUCCACUGUUCUCAGUAACAGAGUUUGGCGCGCCGAUGCCUGAUUCGGAUCGACUUUGGCAAGCGCAGACCGCCUCAGAGUGGUCUGAGAUGUUCAACCAAGUCCAUGAGUUCUCGAACGGGUACUCUUCAGUAGGCUCUGGGGCCAGACCACCCAGUCUCAGAGACCUGUUCCGUUACUUCCUAGAUGACGAAAUCGUCGUACAGGAUGUACAGGAGAUUCAUCUGACACCUAUGCACCUGCGUCUGCUCCUCCACCCCCUGCAGACUCUGGUCUGCCAGUAUUGCCAGCUUCUCAGCUGCUUUUCCGAUAGCGUCGCUUCACGAUCGCGGAAUCGCGCACUGACAGCAGCGUCGACCCGCGUGCGUCUCGAGGAGGUGCAGGCGUUGCUAGGGCGUUGGUUCGAUUUGGCGCAACGGUACAUGAAGUCCAACCCAGUGUGUCCGAUGAUGCAGGCGAACCUUGUCAUGUUCCAUCUUAUCAGCUUGAACGCUGUGUCCAACUUUCCAGAGAUAGAGCGCCUUGCGCGUCGAGAGGGUGUGGACGGCUCAUACCAGCAGAUGCUGUGGAUGCACAAGAAGUGUCUGUCCGAUGUGCAGGAGGCCAUCACCCACGCCGGUCAGGUCCUUCGACUCAUCCGUGAGAUGCCAAGAGGUAUCCGGCCGCCAUGGUGGGCUGGCGCCGUCUACCGUGCGGGUUUGGUCUUCUGGACUGAUUCGCUGGCACAUGGCGAGUCCUUGAGUCCCAACCACCAAGGAUCGUAUCAGCCAUCGAACUCCGCGUUCUCUGUGGAUCGCCUUCCAGCUGACCAUCCUACCAUACUGAGGUACAUGUCUCGUAGGGAGGGCAUACCCACUCUGACCAAGCGCGACGGUGCACACGUCCCCUUGGAUAACGGCUUCGCGAUCCUGUCGCAUUGUAUCGACGUCCUUGAUGAGGGUGUUGCCACCAGGUUCUCCGAUGGCAUUCGUAGUAAACUCGAGAAACUCGCGCGAGGAUAA